AUGUCCUUCUUCUUUGCCGCUCUCUGUCGAACCCUGUCUCCACGGAAGGAGGAGGAUGUGGCUGAAGACUACUUAUCCAGAGACGCUGAACUGAAAGUGAAGAGUCAGACAGCCCUGCACAACAGCCACGACUCCGUGAAGCUGAUCAAGUUCGCGGACGACACCACCCUCAUUGGACUCAUCUCCAACAACGAUGAGUCCGCCUACAGGAGGGAGGUGGACCGGCUGGUGUCCUGGUGCAGUGGUAACAACCUGGAGCUGAACGCCCAGAAGACAGUGGAGAUGAUUGUGGACUUCAGGAAGAGCACUGUCCCCCCGCCCCCACCCUCCGUGAUGGACUCCCCCAUCACCUCUGUGGAGUCCUUCCGUUUCCUGGGCACCACCAUCACCCAGGACCUCAAGUGGGAGCCGACCAUCAGCUCCCUCAUCAAGAAGGCCCAGCAGAGGAUGUACUUCCUGCGGCAGCUCAGGAAAGCCAAGCUGCCUGCACAGAUGUUGGUGCAGUUCUACACGGCCAUCAUCGAGUCCAUCCUCACCUCCUCCAUCACCGUGUGGUUCGCUGGAGCCACAGUCAGGGACAAACAGAGACUACAGCGCAUUGUGCGCUCUGCAGAGGAAGUGAUCGGCCGCAGCCUUCCAUCGCUGCAGGACCUUGUGGACAGUGCGUUCUACGGCAGAGCCAACAGCCUCACGUGCGCUGGCGGAAAGUCUCCAGCAGAGGUCGCUAACACAGCCUGCUCCCACGCAGACGCCCUUAACGUUUUCCGCCACAGAUGCAACGGCAAGAAAACAUGUGAGCUGAACUCCCCCGUGUUUGAACAGGACCCAUGCAGUGACACCUUCAAAUACAUGGAAACCAGCUACUCCUGUGUGCCCGCCACUCAUAGAGUCGUGUGUGAGCACUCAAUGGCCUAUCUGAAUUGCGCUGCGGGAAAAGUGAUCAAAGUGCUGGGAGCUGAUUUCGGACGCAGAGACCACACAACUUGUGCCUUCAGACGACAGAAGUCCGAAGUAGAGAAGAUUGAUUGCACCAAUGACGCUCCGUUUGUGGCCGAAAAGUGUGAUGGGAAGAACACCUGUGAACUUCGUGCGUCUCAAGCUGUGGUGGGCGACUCCUGCUCAAACACAUCUCUGUACCUGGAGUACGCCUACAUCUGCACCGAUGCAUAA